AUGUUACUGGUGAGCGGCAGAGACCCUGAGACUACUUGCAUUAAGGCAUCCAUGUAUGUAGCAAGAGUGACCAGGCGGAUUGAACUCCUGGGUCUAGAUAUAGCGGAAACAGAGGCGGCCCUAUUAUGCGGAAAGGCGACGGACGGCUUAUGCGUCCACAUCAACGGAACGGAAGUACCGGUGACUAACGCUAUCAAGAGCCUUGGCGUUAUUCUUGACAGGGGUCUGACCUUCAAAAGGCACCUGUGUUACGUGGAAGAGAAAGCGGACCGAGUUCUGCGUGCACUGUGGCGCCUCCUUCCGAACUUAAAGGGGCCAGGGGAGGCAAAGCGAAGAUUAUACGUUAACAUAAUACAUUCGGUUAUGCUAUAUGCUGCACCCGUAUGGGCGGACCAAGUGGCCAUAUUCAAAACAUACCGGACUCCUCUCCUGAGAAUCCAGAGGCACAUGGCCCUCCGCGUUAUUUCUGGCUACAGGACGAUCUCCUACGAAGCGGCCCUACUUCUGGCCAGAAUCCCCCCGGUGCACUUCCUGGCGUCAAGGCACCGCAGGGCUUACCAGCGCUUACAAAUGGUGAGGGAAGCUGGUGAAGAUGGGAAUGAGACUAGACGCGAAAUCGGGCUGGCAGCUGAUCUCCUAAUGUUUAGGCAAUGGGAAGCCUCCCUUGAAGGAGAGGAUUUACCGGGGAGAAGGGUCAGGGAAGCGCUUCUCCCGGUCUUCUAUGAGUGGAUGCACAGGAAAACAGGGGGUCUCCACUACCACCUGACCCAGCUCAUGGCAGGGCACGGUUCAUUCGGGGAUUACUUGACAAGGAUUGGAAAGAGACCCAGCCCGGAUUGCCCACACUGCGGUGCGGGGGUUGACUCCGCGGACCACACGAUUGGGGAGUGCCCUGCAUGGGAUGUACCCAGGCGUGACAUGAUUCGGGAGAUAGGGGAGAAUCUGAGUUGGCCUGCUAUAGUGCGUGCCAUGGUACAAGGGGGGGAAAAGAAAUGGAAAGCGGUGUCCACUUUCGCCACAAAAGUACUUACGGCGAAAGAAGUUGCAGAGAGGGAAAAAGAGAAGAGAAAGAAAGAGGAGGAGGAGGAAUCUCUCAGGAGGAGCUGA